GUCAGUGCUGUAUCCUUCCUUCACUCGCAUCAUGCCAUCCCUCCUCCGUCCGGAGUUUUGGAAAUGCGCACACUGGCCUCAUUCGAGGAAGAAAUAAGCGAAUUGGAGAAAAAGCCGAAUAAUAAUAAUAAUAAUAAUAAUAAUAAUAAUAAUUGCAUCUCCUGCAUGAAUGAAUGAGCGGAUAUUUUGAGGAGAUAAAGAGGAGCUGCAAUACGGAGAGGAGAAGAAUCCACAUGCACAGUGUUCCAGGUAGGAUGAAGCAUGAAGCUUUGAAGCUCUGAAGAACAGAAGAACACAAUGCAUUUUAUAUUCAUUCAGUUUUGUGCAGAAAAAAAUCCAUGCAAUUUUGUUGAAUGAUUGAGAUGUAGCCUUCACUCUACUAAACUCCAUGCACCAGUGAUGUGUGCUGUAGAUCUCUUUCGACUUAAUGAAUGAUUACUGAUUGAAGGUGAAACAUAUUUUUUUGUGUGAAUCAUCCAUGGUGCACCAUAUGACCAUCUGGCAUUGAGGAUGACUGAAGCUGCAGAGGUGGACCACUAAAGAAGAAGAAGAAGAAGAAGAAGAUCUGAACAUAUUCUCAUUAAAAAUUUAAGAACAGAUCCACACAUUUCCACACACUAGUGCAUGCAGAUUUGUGUCAGGUGAAAAGUGAAUUCAUGUAGGUCUCAUCUUCUCAUUGUGCAUUCUCAUAGAGCAAUAAUACUUCUAAUAGAAUAAUAAGGACAGUCAGCACUUCACCGGAAUGUAUCAGUGAAACCAAAGACACAUAAAAAAAACACAAGUCAUUCGAUCCACUCUUCCAUUUUCAGUCACUGUGCAACCUCAUCGUCAUCUUCAUCAACUCCAUCUUCAUCCUAUACUCAGGUCAUUUGCUCGUCAUUUCCCAAUCGCUCGUCUUCCAUGCAGUGCUCUCAUCACACACUUGCUCUUUCUACUGAACUUCACAAACCUCCAAAAAGUUUGUCUUCCAUUACAAUUAAGGAAAACUGUCAGGUGUAAAGAUUAAUUUCUCUUUCAUUAAAAAAUAGCGAGGUUGUAAAAGACGUACAACAACAACAACAACAACAACAACAACAACAGCAACAAACAGCUAACAAAAUAAAAGAGACACAAAAAAAUCUGCACAGAAAUUCUGGAUCCACACGUGGACUGAACGGAACGCUGUUUUACCGAGCGCUAGUCAACACUUCCACACUCUACAUUGCGGUGGAACGUGAACGUGAAAGCAGCAUCACUGAGUGUGAAGGAUCGUGAGCACUUCAGGACCACGUGGAGAAAAAGUGAAUGCUGCAGUACUGAACUUCCUGCGUAGGGGAUUCGACUCACACACAGACCCUUGGAUCUACAACACCAUUGUGUGUGCGCGUGUGUUUGUGUGUGUGUGUGUGUAUUUGUGUGUCCCUCUUCUGAGUGAAGAUGAUGGCUGUGGUCCAGCUGUUGUGGCUCCAGAUGCUGCUGCUGUGUGUCCUACAGGCUCAGCUUAGCAGCUCAGCGUGUGUGGAGGUCGACUCGGACACCGAAGCCGUGGUGGGAAAAGAAUUCAAGCUGGGUUGCAUUUCCUGUAAGAUGCGAGGUGAGGUGGAAGCUUCGGCUACGGUGGACUGGUGGUUUAUGGCGAAGGGAGAGAGCGACUUUACCCACAUCUACAGUUAUGCUGACAUGGCAGGUCUGGUGACAGAUGUGCGCUUCAUGGGCCGAGUCGAGUGGAUGGGCAGUAAAAACACCUUCGACCUGCAGGACGGAUCUCUGAACAUCCUCAACGUCACCUACAAUGACACGGGGACGUACCGCUGCUACUUCGACCGAACGCUCUCCUUCACUUACUACGAGUUUCACACCAACGCCACCAAGUUCAUCACCAUCAACGUCGUGGCCAAAGAAACCCGUGGCAUGGCCUCCAUCCUGUCAGAGGUGAUGAUGUACGUGUCAAUCAUCGGCCUGCAGCUGUGGUUACUGGUGGAGAUGGUUUACUGUUACAGAAAAAUCGCCGCCGCAGGAGAGGAAGCUCUUAGAGAGAGCGCGGCUGAAUAUUUAGCAAUCACAUCUGAAAGUAAAGACAACUGCACUGAUGUAGCUGUGGCUGAGUAACACACACAUACACACACAUACACAAAGGUCCACCACUUCUCUGACCUUUGAGAUGACCUUCACCAGAUUCACCUGGUCCUUGGACACACACACACACACACACACACACACACACACACACCUGAGACCCUGAGUGAAGUGCACCAAGCUGCUGCAGACUGAGAGCUCCAACACGCUCUGAUUAACACACACGCACACAUACACAUUCACACAUAUACACAUACAGACACAUACACACAAACACACACAUACACACAUUCACACACAAACACACACAUACACACACACAUUCACACAAAGACAC